AUGCAUCCAGAAAUGUCCAUAGUUAAAGCGAUGUUGGCGUAUUUGCCAGCCGAUGACGUUCCGCUCUGCGGCACGGGAAUUUUCGAGCUUCUCGACACUUCGACGGGAUUCCCCACGUUGCCGCAAAAACGAGAUCAUGUGGUUGCACUUCCAUACGAGAAUAUUCACAUCAAAGUUAGUAUCUUCGAAAAUGAUACCGGUAAGUCAUCAUUGGAGAUUUCAAUGCCAAGAUUGGAUCAAGGAGAACGUCUGAAGAACGUCACAUUGGGACCCACGGAUUGGAAUGGAACGAACGAGUUGAGCGGCUAUCUCAGUUUAUCAUGGCGACCAAGACCAUCCAUGAUCAGUAGGCAACUACCGAUUAAAACUCAUUCCGGUCAGUUUCCGGAUCGGAAGCAUAAUGUGUGCCUUGCAUCUAUCAUUCCGAAACCGGUAGACGAUUUCGAAUUCGUAUGUUGGCAAUUCGAAUAUAUCGCCCAAAUGUUUCCUCCUCUUUAUUCAGCUCUCUUGCCUCCUGUUCGAUGUUCAUUACGAAUUGAGACAUGUCCAAACUGCUUCCUGAACAUCAAAUAUCGACCGCCGUCGGAUUUUUUCGCCACUCGUGAAACUGGAGCGCUUCCGACUUGCUAUGAAUCACUUGUCGAUCCGUGCUUCGAUUUGCAAUUUGUUGAGGAUAAGGCAGAUACGACACUGGAAUUGAUUUAUAGGAAAUUAUCGAUUUGGGAAUUUCCACAAAGGUCCGAAGUGAAUAGCACAGGUGAUUCUAUGGUUCUCAUGCUCACAAUGUGGAAUAUAGACGAGAAUUCUACACUGAAACAUUUUCUUGACAGCCUGUUUCCGUUUAUGGUGGUGAGCCUGUCAAACGAUGUGCUCAUCGUCGGUUCGCCGUCGGAGAACAUUUUGUCGCCGAAUCAGUCAUCGAUCGGGUUCAUCGAAUCACCCAGAUACCCUGACGCUUAUCCACGCUCGUUGGUGAAACGCUACUUGUUAGUGAACUCUAAUCCGAACGGCUACGUCCGACUUCUGUUCGAUGAUUUUCAUGUACACUUUCAAAGUGAAAUGCAGAUUUUCGACAGUGAUGGCCACCAACUAAUCAAUACCAAGGCUGAAAACCGUCGACCACCUGCUAUUUUAUCGACUGGAAAUCGAUUGACGAUUCAAUUCAAAGCUCACGAUUUCACGCAAACGGUUCACUACGCUUCUCUAUGGUUCAAAUCGAACGGAUGCGACGAAACGCUCGAGGCAUACGGUGGAGAGAUCAAACUCGAUGGUAGUCAUCAUUUGAUCAAUACGUUCGUGGACUGUAUAUGGAUCGUCGGACGAGUUCCGCACAUGACACGGACGUUCGAUAGGAUAUAUUUGAAGGUCGAAGAAUUUCAUAUGAAAGGGGUCGGAUUGCGUUUAGAAAUCAGAGAAGGAGCCUCUUCGAUGUCGGAUCGGUUACUGUUGUUAUUCGAUUCACAUUCUCGAGAUCAAUUAGAUCAUAAGCAACCGAGCGAUAGCGAUGUUUCCGGCUUGAUCGCACUUAUCAUCGGGGUGUGCGGCCUUGUUCUUGUGAUUAUAUUAGCAACCGCGGUGCUGGGCCGAUUUUAUCGUCGUCGAUUCGCUUCUCAAAAUAAUGGCACCACCUUUUCUGUGACUCCGUUUCACCCUGAUUCAACAGCGGUGCCAUCAAUGCAGACAGUUGGUGAACGGCGCUUCUACGUUGUGCCAGAAAGUCAGAUCUCUGUCAUAGAAGCUCCACCUUCUUACGAUGAUGCGUUGAAGCAUCCGGCGGUACAAUCACCACGACCAUCAGCAUACUUAAAUCAAGCCUAUGUGUCGAAUACAUCGGAAGAGCAAAUGGGACAAUCCUCCAUUUCGCAACUACCAUCAAUUCGUGAUCUCGGUUCCGAAGCGACCGUGAAUAACACUACAACCCAAGCCGAUAUUGAGAAUGAGGUGGCAUCCGUGAAGGAUACAACGUCACCUGUAGAAACGCAACAUACAGAAGAAAACACCUCUGGUGUUUCAUCUAAUACACGUCGACAAGAUGACGAAUCAUGGGUUUAG